UCCAAUCAUAUAUAUAAUCAUUCAUUCAUAAUACUAUAUAUCAUCAUUCAUAAUACUGACCAGAUCAUGGCCCUAGAGAGACCCAGAUCAGCCCAGAAACAACCAAGCAAACUACGUUGGGGCGAACUCGAGGACGACGAUGGUGAAGGGCUAGAUUUUUUACUUCCUCCUAAAAUGGUGAUCGGGCCAGAUAGUAAUGGGAUCAAAAAAGUUAUUGAAUACAAAUUUAAUGAUGAUGGUAAUAAGGUUAAGAUCACGACCACUACACGUGUUAGAAAAUUGGCUAAGGCCCGGUUUAGUAAACGAGCCAUGGAACGUCGUGGCUGGGCUAAGUUUGGUGAUGCGGUUCAUGAAGACGUUGGGUCUAGACUUACUAUGGUUUCCACGGAAGAGAUCUUGCUUGAACGUCCUAGGGCACCUGGUUCAAAAGCAGAAGAGAAAGGUGCAGGAGACACUUUAGGACAAUUGGGAAAAGGCGGUGCAGUUCUUAUGGUAUGCAGAACUUGUGGCAAAAAAGGUGAUCAUUGGACAUCACGGUGUCCUUAUAAGGACUUAGCCCCAUCAACUGACUCGUUUGUGGAUAAACCACCUGGUUCAAACCCAUUUGUACCUUCUGGUUUAACAAAGGGUGCAUACGUUCCACCCAGCAUGAGAGCGGGUGCAGAGAGGCCUGCUGGUUCAGAUAUGAGGCGUAGGAAUGAAGAGAACUCAGUCCGGGUUACUAAUCUCUCUGAAGACACUCGUGAGCCUGAUCUGCUGGAGCUUUUUAGAACUUUUGGACCAGUGAGCCGUGUGUAUGUAGCCAUUGACCAGAAGACUGGGGUGAGCCGGGGGUUUGGGUUUGUCAAUUUUGUGAACAAGGAUGACGCAGAAAGGGCUAUUAUGAAGUUAAAUGGUUAUGGGUAUGAUAAUCUCAUUCUACGAGUGGAGUGGGCUACACCAAGAGCUAACUAAAUUUGAAAAUCCCCUUGCAGAAUCAUUAAAAAUGUUAGUAGAAUCUACAUUAUUUAUAUUUUUUGAUCUUUCAUUGAAGUUGAAAUCCUCUUAAUAAAGUUUAGAUGACCUUA